UUCCUGGGCACGACGAGGAGAGCGGUGUCCCACCUGGUGGACGUCUUCCAGGGGGAAAGCUGAAGAGGAUGCAGCGUUAUGCGGCUGACGUGACUCUGGACCCCCACACCGCGCACCCCCGCCUGGCCCUGUCGGAGGACAGGAGACGGGCGCGGCUGGGCCCGGGGCGGCGGGAGGCCCCCGGGGGCCCGCAGAGCUUCGACCGUGCCGGCUGCGUGCUGGGCGCCGAGGGCUUCGCCUCGGGGAGGCGCUACUGGGAGGUGGAGGUGGGGGACAAGACCGACUGGGACCUGGGCGUGGCCGGCGAGUCCGCCGCCAGGAAGGGGAGGAUCCAGGCCAGCCCGCCGAACGGGUACUGGUUCGUGAGUCUGAGGAGGCAGAACAUGUACGUCUUCCGUACCGACCCCGCCACGCCCCUCCGGCUGGCCCAGAAGCCCCGCAAGGUGGGGGUGUACGUGGAUUACGAGGAGGGGCAGGUCUCCUUCUACAACGUGGAGGCCAGGUCCCACAUGUUCACCUUUUACGACACCUUCAGGGAGAAGAUCUACCCGUUCUUCAGCCCCUGUACCAAUGAUGGGGGUGAAAACUCAGCCCCUCUGAUCAUCACUCCUGUCAGUCCCCCUGAGUGACACACAACGUCUGUGGGAGGGGCAGCAUGUAUAAUAACUGUUGUGUCUUUUGGCUUCACUGACUUUCUCAAAAUUGGUUGUAUUGUCAUCACACUGAGCCCUGGGGACGGUUUCUGGACUGUGUGGCUGAGGGAUCAGAUCAGAUCACUUUAUUGGCCCUGUGCGAUCUCGUGCAUUAGGAGUUUGUCUUUUCCCAGACCUCAGCUUG